AUGCAUUCUACUCUAGCAUUAACUGGGGUUUGCUUGUCUGCGGCUCUGGCCGUUGCAUCGCCUGUGGACUAUUCUUCCAACAAUACCUCAAAUGGAACUGCAAUUCCUAAUUUCAGCCUCCCUCCUCAGAACCUUACUUCCUACGCCAACAACUCGCUCUUCACACAAUGGCGAACCAAGGCUAGAUUUAGACCAUCCUCGAACCAUAUUGGAGACCCAACAGCCUUCUGGCAAGAUGAGCAAGGAGUCUUCCAUGUCUCUGGGCUUUACUCGUACCUAAGAGGUCCAAACAUCUCCAUCACUUCAAGCAUUGGUGGUGCUUUGACUUCCGACUUCCUCAGCUAUGUGGACUUCCAUAACCACACUAAUACGACGAGCCUGUUUCAAGCUGGUGUCUCUAUCGGACCAGGAAAUAAGAAUGAUCCUCUAGCUGUCUUCGAUGGGUCUGUAAUUCCAAAGGGAUACAAAAAUUGUCCAACAUUGAUCUAUACGGGCGUCCACUACCUUCCUAUUAGCUGGAGUAAACCCUACAUAAAAGGCUCGGAGGUUCAGGCGUUAGCAUACUCAGAAGACAAUGGUGCUACAUGGAUCAAGCCAGACAUCGAUGCAGUCAUCCCUAGUCCACCCAAGGGAUUUAACGUGACAGGCUUCCGUGAUCCUUGGGUGUUCCAAAGUCCCCAAUUCAGCAAGCUACUCAACGACACCCCCGAGACUUGGUAUCUCUCUGUCAGCAGUGGUAUCAGACAAGUUGGACCUCGUCUGCUCUUGUACAGACAGAACGCAUCAGACUUCACAAGCUGGGAGUUCCUUGGCCCAUCUGUCUCUACCCCUGUCAACACUACCUUCAGCGCUGGCAACUUCUCUGGUAACGACGGAUCCAACUACGAGACCUCGAACACCUUGUUCCUCGAUGAAGAAGGAGAGAACCUGGACCAUGGUGUCAACUUUGUUACCAUGGGAGCCGAAUCAGGCAGAAAGACACACAGCUUCCACUACUCCUUGUGGAAGAUGGGCGAAUUUGUUCGCAACCCUCUGAACGAGAGUGUUAUCCUUCAGGAUCACGCAACUGGUGUUCUCGACUGGGGUCUUGGAUAUGCAUGCACGACUAUGCCUGACUACAAGACUAACCGUCGUCUUGGGUUCUGCUGGAGUAAUGAUGACUUCAACGCAAGCAUCUCGGAGCAAGUUGGUUACAGAAUUGGAUCUGGUGGUGUGUACUCUAUUCCUCGUGAGCUUUACUACAAGCAGAUCCCGGGUGUCGUUGCCGAUGAUCUCGCAGCUGAGAAUGGUUACUGGUCUGUCGCCACUGGCCACUUGAACACUACCCUGGCGAAGGAUGGUGUGGCCAUGGCUAAGAACAACGGCAAUGAUACCGUGACUCUCGCUACUUUGGGCUGCAAACCUGCCCGUGAGAUCCUUGCCUUCAGAAAGCAUGCCAACCACACCUGGACCGAGCCCGACUUUAACGUCGAUGUCACUUCGAUCAAAUCGAACUGCAGCAACGUCGAGUUUACUCAGAAGAAGGGUGUGACCCAAGCCUUCAUCCCCUUCAAGCAAAGUCCUCACAGCCGUCGAUGGGAACUCCAAGCCACCGUUGACAUCCCCUCGUCCUCUCUCCGCAACGAAGAUUACGAAGACUUUGCCGCAGGCUUCACCAUCUUGCAUUCUAGCGCCUCAGCACCUGCCAACUACUCCGUCGAUGAUGCUGCAAUGCUGUAUCGCCCCUCUAACGAGACCUUCAUGAUCACUCGCGAUGUUGCUCUCGGCAGUGAUAACGUCAACACCGACCCCGAGAUGGGCAAAUUGCGUCUGUGGAACAUUUCAUCGACGGAUGCCCAAGGCAACCAAACCUACUCUAUCCAAUCCCUGAACAUCCGCGCCUUUAUGGAUGGCAGUUUCUUCGAGGUGUAUGUUAAUGACGUACUUACCAUCUCCACACACAUCUAUUACUGGUACCCAGACUCCACUCGCAUGGGCUUCUACCUCCAGUUCCCCGAUACGCUCAAGAACUCUACCCUUGACACUGCAGUCUCGUUCUCGAAUGUCACUGUUUGGGAGGGCGUGCCUAACGUAUUCCCUAAGCGUCCUACCAACCCUAAGGAGUUGAUUGACAACGGUGUUGGCUUUGUGCAGCCACCUAAUAACCCUAAUGUACCGCUUACUUAUGAUGGCGUUGGUGCUCCUCCUUUGCCUCCACCUGAGAACUUGCCUUAUGGCAUUGAUCUUAGUACUGUGGAAUGA